GAAAUUUGGAUCAUUCCAAACGAGACUGUGAACUCUCCCAGCUCAAGCCCACCUCCCUGCUCAAGCCCAGCCGUCCACUGCCUGGCUCCCUCGUCCGGUCGUUCCCGUCUCCCUCCUCGCGUCGCGUCCACCAUUGUUCCUGUCGACGCUGCGCCGCACGGCUCGCACCGCCGACAGUGCCUCAGUCCUAUCGAGCCUCCCUCUUCCCAGAUCAGGCCCUAGCUGGGCUACAGCCGCCGCCGCCGCUGCCGCAUCCGUCACCUUCACACCGCGUGCGCGCGCGCUCUCUCUCUCUCUCUCUCUUUGCGACGACUGGACGGGCUACCGCAGUCGCCACCAUAGGCACCACGCCCUUCGCUGAUCUAUUCGCUGGCGAAGAACGCUCUCAAUAAGAUCGAUGGAGUGCGUGGUGCAGGGAAUCAUCGAGAACCAGCAUGUCGAUGCUCUUGAGGUUCUACUCCAGGGACUCUCUGGUGUCCCGAAAGAGCGUUUUAGGGUGCAUGAGCUCUGCCUUAAAAGUGGGCCCAAUCUAGGUGUUGUCCCAUCGGAGGUUCGUUUGUUGUGUGACUUAGCUCAGCCCACACCAUCCUGGACCAUAAGACAUGUUGGUGGUGCCAUGAGAGGUGCUGGUGCGGAGCAAAUCUCAGUUCUGGUUCGUACAGUUGUGGAGAGCAAAGCUAGCAAGAACGUCUUGCACUACUUCUACACCCUAGGGUACAAGCUAGACCAUGAACUCUUGAAGAGCGGUUUUGCAUUUCGUUUCCACCGAGGUGCCCAAAUCACUGUCACUGUUACAUCUGCUAACAAGAUGUCAAGGCUCCAUGCAACCGAUGAAGCUACGCCAGUCACUCCUGCCAUACAGCUAGUGGAAAUCACAGCUCCUGCUGCUGCUGAUAAUUACAAUGAUGUUGUUUCAGCUGUCACUGCGUUCUGUGAAUAUCUUGCCCCGCUGCUGCAUCUGUCAAAACCAGGACACUCGACAGGAAUCGUUCCAACAGCAGCCGCUGCUGCUGCCUCACUCAUGUCAAGUGGCGGUGGCAAAACCUUGUAAUGCUGCUAGGACAGCCAAAGUCCGUUCUUGCUGCUAGGACAGCCAAAGUCCGUUCUUUGAGAUGAGUGGGCGUGGCUAAUGAGGUGGCCUUCUUCGUGCCGAGCAUUUGAGCAGUCAGUUUUGCCUGCUAGUGUUGUCCAUGUCUGACACAUCGUUGUGCCAACCUUGCUCUUGGUUUGACUGGUUGCAUGAUUGCUGAUGGGUAAUGCCCUGCCUUGUAGUUGCAGGGUGUAACAAUCUAGUAUUACCAAUAUUAAAAUUUCUCAAAAAUCCAAACCAUAAUUUCUUUUCUCAAAAAGAAGUUUA